AAACUAAGUUUGCUUUUUGUUACUCGGUUCGUGUCUCCUAGGGGAGAUAGCCUCAUAUCAGUAUAAGUACGACUCCGUUCCGUGGAUCGUGUGCUCGUUCUUUCAAGGGCAAGGCCGGUUUAACGGAACGGUACACAGCACGACAGAAAACCAAAAGAUUCAUCAACUGAUUGACUCAGUCAUGGACAAUACAUACUUCUCUGGGCCAUAUAUCGAUUACAGCGACCAGAACUACUGGCUCACUAGCACAGCUAUGGCACGAGAUACGUCACACGAUAGCAGUUAUAGCACCUAUUCAGAGUCAAGCAACGGACAAUAUGAUGUUGCACUAUCUCCAGCUUCUGAAGGUAUAAACAACUAUGAUCUCCUCAAUGUGGCCGAUGCAGGGGCCUAUAUAGCAGCAGACACACAAGAGUAUAACACGAAUAAUCAAGUCGAGGGGUCCGUGUUUGAGUAUCAAUUCUACGAUUUUGAUAUAGGAGGGGAUUCGGGACAAGGGCCGCACUGGAAACUAAAAUCUCAGUACACCCCAUCUGAAAACUAUCCAGCUAUCAUACCUUUCGACUCUAUUCCCGAGGUGCCACCUUUUGCCAAUGACGCUUCGGGCAGGCACGUCUGUCUCGAACCCUACUGUAACGCAACACCAUUCAAACGCAAAGCAGAUCUACAAAGGCACUACCUCCACAGGCACCGCAACGCCAACCAGAAGAAGCCAUUCCCUUGCGACUGGAAGAAAUGCCAGAGAUCCAAGGAGCCCUUCUAUAGGCUCGAUCACUGUCGGGAGCACUAUCGUGACUUUCACAUGGAAGACUUGAUACCACGCGGGUCGAGCAAGGAGGCUACCGAGUGGUGGAAUAGUCGCAAUGUCGACCCUAAGUGGUGGCGGUGUGCUAAGUGUCUUAGCCGCAUCCCCAUCGACAGCAAGCGCUUCGAAUGCGCCAACUGCAAGACAACAUGCGAGCCAGAGAGGAGAAAGCUCAGGGGUUACAAAUGAGCGGUGGCAAGAUAGCUACUAAGCUCCAACCUACAUUACUCGACUUCAGCGCGAUAGCCGCUGGAAGAGCCUCAAUUCGAUUUUCUAGUCAAGACUACCAACCAACUUCCCCGCGCUUAUCACGACUUCUGCCUUGUUUUCGGACCAACAUGCAGCUGGGAAGCAUACCGCUAUACUCAACCAUAUCUUUUCUUGCUAUUUAUCCAUCCAUUCUCUCGCUCCGCCUCACUACCCCAGAGUGGUUUUCCCUUUCUCCGCAACCAACAUUGUUUGCACUUCCU